UUUAGCAAUGCUAGCUUCAGAUGCUUUCGCACAUUAAACAAUAUACAUUUCGCAAUUUGUAGCAAUAAAGUACAUUUAAAUAUAUAAAAUUAGUGUGUAAAUCGGUCAGAGGGCUUUCCCAAGAUGUUUACCCCCGAACGCGAACACCAGCCUUGGAGGAGCCGCCACCGGUACUGGCGCAUUCAGUUUUGGCGCGCGACCAGCGACGACGACUGCUCCGCCUCCAUCAUUCGGUGCAGCCACCGCCACGACGUCCUUUGGAGCUGCUCCAGCUGCCUCCUCCUUGUUUGCAGCUCCUGUUGCUACGCCAGCUUUCGGGGCACCAGCUGCGACGCCGGCUUUUGGCGCGGCUACCACUGCAGCGCCUGCUUUUGGAGCCCCUGCGGCCACUCCGGCUUUUGGAGCAGCAGCUGCAACGCCCGCCUUUGGAGCACCAGCUGCAGCACCCGCUUUGGAGCCCCAGCAGCCACUCCUGCUUUUGGAGCACCAGCAGCAACUCCCGCCUUUGGAGCACCAGCUGCUACUCCCGCAUUUGGAGUGCCAGCUUCCACACAGGCUCCAGCAUUCGGAGCUGCCGCACCCGCCGUGGGCACCGUGGCACCCACUUUCUCGUUUGCUACUCCGGCCACAAGUGCUCCGACAACAGCUCCGCCGGCCUUUGGAUUCGGGUCCACAGCUACAACGGCUGCAGCUGCUAUGCCAGCAGCUUUGGGGUCCGGUAUUGGAACCUUCGCCUUUGCCAAGCCACAAGCUACCACUGCGGCCAGUUUGAACUUUAGUACCACCACAACGACGGCGACGGCACAACCCUUCAAUACGACCCUCAAACUGGGAACUACCAAUGCGACAGCGGGCAUAGGAGGAGGGGGAAUCUUUGGCAAGCCAGCGGGCCAGGCGGCUGCACCGGCAGCGUCGACUUUUGUAGGUCUAGGCGGAAUCGAUGUGAGUGCAACGCAGCCCAAGUUGGGAGACAACAAACAGGAUGGCAUAAAGAUCAAGGAGACCCAAGUACCCGACGAGAUUGUCAAAACAGUGGAUGCCCUCAAAGUGUACAUCAAGCAGCAGAAGACCAUCUCCUCGGACAUUGGAAGGACGUCCACCUCCAAAUUCACCAAUGUGAGUCACGAGAUCACCAACUUAAAGUGGGCGCUGCAAAAUAUGGCCAACUCAGUGGAGGGAAACAACCAACAGAUUCGCCUAAUGCGACAAGAAACAGCCAAAGCUAUUCAAUCUCUGGAGAUGGCACAGCGCACGCAGGACACACCCGCCGGUCUGCAGUUCGAGAACAAUGCUCCCUUCCAGUACUUCCAGUGCCUGGUGGCAAAGUACGAGCAGGACUUAAUCGCGUUUCGACAGCAGAUUGCCUUAACGGAGCGCCACAUGCACGCUCUGUCCAAUCCGCAGAGUAUAUCGCCCGAGGAUUUAAAGCGUGGCUUUCGACAGCUGAACGAGAGUUUCAUAUCGCUGGCCGGGCGUUUGCAUGAGUUGCAUCAGCGAGUGGAGGAACAGAAGGAGCACUACCUAAACCUUAGGCGCUAUAGGCUGCGAGACGCCACCAAUGUUUUCGAGCGGAUCGACAAUCCUCCGCUGCCGUCGGUUGAACCUCAAAGAAUAAGCAGCGGUCCAACACCCUUCUCCAACAUAUCGGCUCUAAUGAAUAAGUCUUAUGUGACGGCCAAUUCCGCUAGCAAUACGGCGGGCAAGUGAAAAUGAAAUUUUUUUCCAGUUUGAAUAAAUUGUUAUGUACAAGAUACUAGAA